AUGCCCCAGCGGGCAGCCUUCACGUACACAGAGCUGGUGAGAACCGGCCUGGUGGCACCUGAGAGACAGCAGGACGCACCGCCUCACAGCAAAGACAACACCAUCGUGCGCUCAAACAUUACACCCCUCGGAGCCAGCCCCCUGGAUGGGCGGAGGGCGCUGCGGGGGUUUGCCACACUCAGCCACGCAGCGGGUCACAGACCCAGCUCCACCCAGCCUGCCACGGCCCUGGAGGAUCAAGCCUCAGGCAGCAUGGCCCUGUCCCUGCUCCUCUGGACGUGUCUGCUGGUCGCAGAGAGCCACGGACUGGAGGACGGCGACAUGAGGCUGGUGGACGGGGACGCACCCAACAAGGGCCGAGUGGAGAUCUUCUACAGAGGCCAGUGGGGGACCGUGUGUGACAACGGCUGGGACCUGGUGGAUGCCAGCGUGGUGUGCCGUGCCCUGGGCUUCCAGAAUGCCACCCAAGCUCUGGACAAUGCUGCCUUUGGGCCAGGGUCAGGCCCCGUCAUGCUGAGCGAGGUGAGGUGUGCAGGCACUGAAUUGUCGCUGGCCGACUGCAAGUCCCCGGGCUGGAUGCAAAGUGCCUGUCAACACAGGGACGACGCGGGCGUGGUCUGCGCCAAUGAAACCAUAAGUGAACCUGUGCACACCCUGGACCUCUCCGGAGAGCUGGAGCAGGCACUCCAUGGGAUCUUCGACAGCCAGCAGGGCUGUGACCUGUCCAUCCGGGUGCAGGCCGGCGGGGAGGAGGCCCUCAGCAUGUGCGCACACACGCUCAUCCUGUCCACCAACCCCGAGGCCCAGGCUCUGCUGCGGGGGCCAGGCGGUACUGUCACCAUGGAGGUGGAGGCCGAGUGCGUGCCUGUGGUCACCGACUUCAUCGGGUACCUGUACUCCCGCAGACUGGACGUGACCUCAUCUACAGUGAAAUGCUUCCACCAGCUCGCCUCCACCUACGAGGCCCCAUGGCUGCGGGACUACUGCGCCCGCCUCUUCACCACCCUCCUCCCCCAGGACCCCUCCUUCCGGACGCCCCUGCAGCUCCACGCCUACGCGCUGACCACCCACGACGCCCUGCUGGAGUCGCUCUGCGUGCGGUUCCUGGCCUGGAACUUCGAGGCGCUGACGCAGACCGACGCCUGGGCCACCGUGCCCCUGCCCCUGCUGCGCACGCUACUCUCCAGCAGUGAACUGGCCGUGUCCAGCGAGCUGGCCCUGCUGAAGGCCAUCGACGCCUGGAGCCAGGGGGCCAGUGCCUCGCACGCGGAGCUGGGGGCGCUGCUGGAGGAGGUCCGCUUCCCCAUGAUCCCGCCCUCGGAGCUCUUCCAGCUGCAGUUCAACGUGUCUCUGCUGCAGGCGCACGAGGCCUUGCUCCACAGGCAGAUGCUGCAGGCCCUGGAGUUCCACACGGUGCCCUGCGGGCUGCUGGCCCAGCACCGGGCCCUGAACCUCACCCAGCCCGCCUUCCAGCCCCGGCGGCUUUACACGUCCCCCACCUGGAGCGGCUCCCUCAGGAACAACCUCUCCGGUUCCCGGCGGUCCAAUUACCCUUAUGAGUACAACACAAGAUCCUACUACUCUCAGUCUUUCAAGACCCCCCAGCACCCCAGCUUCCUCUUCCAGUCCACACGCCUCUCCUGGUCAUUGUUCCUCCUGCCCACCGUCCAGAGCUGCUGGAACUAUGGCUUCUCCUGCAGCGCCUCCGACGUGCCCGCCCUGGGCCUGACCAGGUCCGGCUACCCUGACUCAGCCAUCCGCUACGAGAACAAAGCCCUCAUGCUCUGCAGCAGUGGCCUGGCGGUCGCCGUCACUGACUUCGAGGGCCAGAAGGCCCCACUGCCCAGGGCCCUGAGCGUCAAUGGCUCCAGGGACGCACCCCUCUUCCCCUGUCCACAGGGUUCCUUCAGCAGCUUCCGCGCUGUCAUCCGGCCCGUCUACCUGACCAACUCCUCCAGCGUCCAGUAG